UAUGUAUUGGCUGGUUGGGAGGGGACAGCACAUGAUGCACUAGUGUUAAGAGAUGCUUUGGAGCGUGAGAAUGGACUUCGAGUGCCACAAGGAAAAUUCUACCUAGUUGAUGCCGGAUAUGGAGCAAAACCAGGAUUCUUGCCCCCUUUUCGUGGUGUUCGUUAUCACUUGAAUGAGUGGGGGAAUAAUCCUGUCCAAAAUGAGAAGGAGCUAUUCAACCUUAGGCACUCAUCUCUUCGUAUCACAGUAGAGCGUGCAUUUGGGUGUCUAAAGAGAAGAUUCAAAAUUCUCGAUGAUGCCACUCCUUUCUUUCCUUUCCCAACUCAAGUAGACAUUGUUGUUGCUUGCUGCAUCAUUCACAAUUGGGUUAUACAAGAUGGAAUUGAUGAGUUCUUCAUAGAAGACAAUAAUUUUUCAAGUUAUAACCAUGCUACAACAUACAGUGGACAAGCACAUGAGCAUACCGAGAUGGUUAAUUUCAGGCAAAGUAUUGCUGAUCAGAUGUGGGCAGACCAUCAAGAGAACAAUAUUAGUUAGUACCCACUAGUUUGUUGAUGUAUUUCAGUUUUGCAAGUAUUUUCCUAGAUGUGUUUGUGUUGUAUGGACAUAUUUAUUGCUAUAUUUCAGUUGUAUGAACAUAUUGUUGCUAUAUUUCAAUUGUAUGUACUUAUUGUUGCUAUAUUGUAUUUGGAAGGACUUAUUUGCUGCUGAAAUCCAGUUAAAUGACAUACAAUCCUUGUUGUAUUUGGUGCUGAAAUCUUGUUAACUUAACAUCCAAUGCUAGCUGUUUUUUUUGUUACAUGCCAGGCAAUGGAUGGUCAUGUUGAGGGACUUGGGAGAGGUACUGGUGUGGCUGCCUGGACAGCGCCAAUGUCCAAUUUCAUGCUGAAAAAUCUUGCCAAUGUCGUUGCCAGUGGUGUUAAAACAGGAAAGGGCUUCAAAAAGGUCUAUUUCAAUGCAUGUGCUAGAGCUGUCAAUGAAAAAUUCAACACUACGCUCAAUGGUGAGCAGAUUAAGAACCAUCUGAAGACAUGGCAAAGAAAGUGGGCAAAGAUAACACGACUCAAGAGCUUGAGUGCAUCUGGAUUCGAUGAAGAGAACUACAUCAUCACCCUUGAUGAGGAGCACUACAAUGGCCAUGUGCACGAUCACAAGGCUGAUGCCGAGUAUUUAAACAAGCCUCUUGAGAACUAUGCUGAGAUGGAAACAAUCUUUGGGAAGGAUAUGGCUACUGGCAAGUUUGCAAAGGAUUCAAGUGCUCCUCUUGGUACAGAAGAUGGUGAUACUGAAGAUGGGGCUGCAAAUGGUACAGAAGAGGAUCCUAGUAGUGCUUUUGAGGAAGGGGCAACAUCUAAUGCAAGACCUAACAAGAGGGCCAAGAUUGUUGAAAGUGCAGAGGAGGGGUUGAUUGGUGCGUUCAACAGAGUUGGUGACAAGCUUGCCAUGGCUAUAACGCAGGUUGCUAAAUCUAAUAAUGAGCUGCCAGAAGAUCUCUUUGACAAAGUGAAUAGCCUUUCAGUUUCAGGCUUUAAUGAUCUUCAGAUAUCCACAUACUAUGCGCAUCUGGUGGCCAAUCCUCUCAUUGGUAAAGCUUUCUAUGGCUUGCCAUUUCAGCACCAGUUACAUUGGAUGGCUAUGUUUGUUAGUGAGAGGUUCCCUGGACAGUAGGUGCUUUUGGAACAUACAACUAGUGAUAGUGGUAAAGCUUUCUUUUGCUAACUAGGCCAUGUUUGUUACACCUGAUAGUUGUAACGGUCUCUUUUGUCAGUCAUAUUUCUUUUGCUAACUGUGGCCUAUCAUAUAGUAUGCCUUGAACUUUCUAUAUUGUGUAAGGCAUGGAUUUGAUGUAAUGGUACUGUGGUAAAUGCCAUCUAUAUAUAUGAAUGAUAUUUGAUGGUAAACAGUUCGGUUUGCUACCAAGCUUCCUUUUGUUUAUUGCAUUCUCAA